AUGGACGACUACAUGAGAAUGUCUAAAAGAACCGCAAGGGAGAGUUUGUAUACAAUGUCAAUGGGUGUUGUUGAAACAUUUGGAGACAUGUAUUUGCGGAAACCUUCAUUGCGUGAUUUGCAAGAAUUGUAUGCGACGCAUGAACAACGCCAUGGGUUUCCCGGAAUGAUCGAAAGCAUUGAUUGCGAGUUCCAACAACGACAUGGAAUAUAUAUUCAGUAUUCCACAUUCAUGAAGUUAUUCCGACACCCGGUUGAAGAAAGAGACAAAUUUUUUAAGAGAAGACAAGAAAGAGCGGGUAAGGAUGUGGAACGUGCUUUUGGAGUGCUGAAGGCGAAGUGA